AUGGAAGACUUCUCCCAGUCACGAGGGGACGACGAUCUAUUCGACGACGAAAUCAUUCCCUUUGACGACUCGCCUUCUCCAGAGAAAGUCACCGCUCAACUCGAGCAGGUCUCGCUUGAGCCCUCUGCGGAUGCCGCACCUCCUCCGCCUGUCGCUGCCGAACCUUCUACACCGGCACCCGAGCCCGCACCUGCGGAACCUCUGACCCCGACUGAAUCAUCGUUCCCGGUGUUCAAGCCCAAGCAGAGAGGCAGAGGUGGCCAUGGAGCUGGACGCGGGGACUCGAGUAGGAAGAUUGCUAUUGGGUUGGAGGAUUCCAAGUGGGCAACAGCGCCAGCAGGAAAAGGCUCAGAGCCCGGGGCGUCUGGCAAAGAUACGAAAUCUACACGGCCACACGGGCGACGAGGUCGACACACUCCGGAAGCAAACGCCACCCCCUCCGAACCAACGGUGGCCCAGCCGCCUGCUGAAGACGCAACGUCGUCACCAACGACCGCCGCCGCCGCUGCUCCCAGAAACAUACCCACCGGUCCGUCAAACACUGCUCUCCGCACCCCCGCGGUGCGUGGUGACCGUCUCUCCACCGGCGGAAUCCGGCCACCGAAACUCUCGGACGAAGAACUAAGUGCCAAACUGGCCGCCGCGAAGGAACGGUCACAGUCCCUUGCCGCGGCGCACGCGAGGGCGCAAGCGGACGCGGCAAACUUUGAGGAGAGAGAACGGCAAGCGAAACAGAGGAGGGAGAGGGAUAUCAAGGACAGGAGGGUGAUGGAGGGGGAGAGGGAGAAGAAUCGCCAGAGGAAGAUGGCGGGCCAGCUGGGUAGGGAGUGGGAUCGGGACAAGGACGAACAGCAGCAGGUCAAUGGGAGGGGAGGGAGGAGAGGAUACACAGGGCCCCCUCCGGGCGAGGACCAGGAUGAUUUGAAAAUGUACGAGUGGCACGAGGACCGGGGACGAGGACGAGGGAGGGGAAGAGGCGGCAGGGGCGGAGGAAGGGGGAGAGGUCGAGGCGGUGGUCCCCGAGGAGGCGGCGGCUUCGGCCACAAUGGCGACGGUUUCGCUCACCAACAGCAGCAGCAGCCGGAUUGGUCCGUGGACACCGACUUUCCUUCACUCCCUGGCUCCAACACCGCCACGAGAAAGGAAUCCGCUGCCGCCGCCGGCGACGCGAAUGCAAGCGCUACAGCCUCCAAACCGAGUCCGAGGCGCUGGGAUUCCACAGGCUCGGGCUCAGGCUGGGGCUCGGGCGAUGUAGGAGGAGGAGGCGGCGGCGGCGGUGGUGGAGGGUCCUGGGCCGAGCAGGUCGAGUCCAGCGAGCUCAAUGCCGAGAACACGAGCAAGCCCAAGACGUUCUGGUAG